GCUGCCAACCGCCGUUAAACAUAAUCGAAGAAGAAUAUUAUAGAAGUGGAGGCAUGCUUGAAGGUUAGCGACACAUUGAACGAAAUACAAUAACAACUUCGAGUUUGACACACAAACUGAGUAGCAAGUUAUGCAAUUAUCGUGUAGAACAUGGUAAUAUAAUCUACAUUUGGAUAUAAAAGCCACGACACAAGUCUCGGUGAUUCCAGCGAGCUAUGGCCAGCCUGUCCAACUACGCCGUACGUAUGGCGCGUCUCAGUGCACGUAUCUUUGGGGAUGUGGCGCGUCCUACGGACAACAAGUCCAUGAAGGUGGUCCAGCUGUUCAAGGAGCCGCCCAUGGCCCAGAAAAAGGAGGUGUACGACUGGUACCCUCAACACAAGAUCUACUAUGCCCUUACGCAGAAGCUACGAUACAUGGGACUCUUCAGAGAUGAACACGAGGACUUCAAGGAGGAGAUGCGUCGGCUGAGGAAACUGAGAGGCAAAGGGAAACCCAAGAAGGGCGAGGGAAAGAGAGCCACCAAGAAGAAAUGAGCACUUCCUUUCCCUGUCCUAUAGGACCUGUGGAUAAACCCAGCCCUGUCCUAUAGGACCUGUGGAUAAACCCAGCCCUGCCCUCUCAUAUAGGACCUGUGGAUAAACCCUGCCCUGUCAUAUAGGACCUGUUGAUAAACCCAGCCCUGCCCUGUCAUAUAGGACCUGUGGAUAAACCCUGCCCUGUCCUAUAGGACCUGUGGAUAAACCCUGCCCUGUCCUAUAGGACCUGUGGAUAAACCCUGCCCUGUCACACAGGACCUGUGGAUAAACCCUGCCCUGUCAUAUAGGACCUGUGGAUAAACCCUGCCCUGUCCUAUAGGACCUGUGGAUAAACCCUGCCCUGUCAUAUAGGACCUGUUGAUAAACCCAGCCCUGCCCUGUCAUAUAGGACCUGUGGAUAAACCCAGCCCUGUCCUAUAGGACAUGUGGAUAAACCCAGCCCUGUCCUAUAGGACCUGUGGAUAAACCCAGCCCUGCCCUGUCCUAUAGGACCUGUGGAUAAACCCUGCCCUGCCCUGUCCUAUAGGACCUGUGGAUAAACCCAGCCCUGCCCUGUCCUAUAGGACCUGUGGAUAAACCCAGCCCUGCCCUGUCCUAUAGGACCUGUGGAUAAACCCAGCCCUGCCCUGUCCUAUAGGACCUGUGGAUAAACCCUGCCCUGUCCUAUAGGACCUGUGGAUAAACCCUGCCCUGCCCUGUCAUAUAGGACCUGUGGAUAAACCCAGCCCAGCCCUGUCAUAUAGGACCUGUGGAUAAACCCAGCCCUGUCCUAUAGGACCUGUGGAUAAACCCAGCCCUGUCCUAUAGGACCUGUGGAUAAACCCAGCCCUGCCCUGUCAUAUAGGACCUGUGGAUAAACCCAGCCCUGUCCUAUAGGACCUGUGGAUAAACCCAGCCCAGCCCUGUCAUAUAGGACCUGUGGAUAAACCCAGCCCUGCCCUGUCAUAUAGGACCUGUGGAUAAACCCAGCCCUGUCCUAUAGGACCUGUGGAUAAACCCAGCCCUGCCCUGUCAUAUAGGACCUGUGGAUAAACCCAGCCCUGCCCUGUCAUAUAGUACCUGUGGAUAAACCCAGCCCUGUCAUAUAGGACCUGUGGAUAAACCCAACCCUCUCAUAUAGGACCUGUGGAUAAACCCAGCCUUGCCCUGUCAUAUAGGACCUGUGGAUAAACCCAGCCCUGUCAUAUAGUACCUGUGGAUAAACCCAGCCCUGUCCUAUAGGACCUGUGGAUAAACCCAGCCCUGUCAUAUAGUACCUGUGGAUAAACCCAGCCCUGCCCUAUAGGACCUGUGGAUAAACCCAGCCCUGUCAUAUAGUACCUGUGGAUAAACCCAGCCCUGUCAUAUAGUACCUGUGGAUAAACCCAGCCCUGCCCUAUAAAACCUAUGAAUAAACCCAGCCCUGUCCUAUAGGACCUGUGGAUAAACCCAGCCCUGUCAUAUAGUACCUGUGGAUAAACCCAGCCCUGUCCUAUAGGACCUGUGGAUAAACCCUGCCCUGUCAUAUAGGACCUGUGGAUAAACCCAGCCCUGCCCUGUCAUAUAGGACCUGUGGAUAAACCCAGCCCUGUCCUAUAGGACAUGUGGAUAAACCCUGCCCUGUCAUAUAGUACCUGUGGAUAAACCCAGCCCUGUCCUAUAGGACCUGUGGAUAAACCCUGCCCUGUCAUAUAGGACCUGUGGAUAAGCCCAGCCCUGCCCUGUCAUAUAGGACCUGUGGAUAAACCCAGCCCUGUCAUAUAGUACCUGUGGAUAAACCCAGCCCUGUCCUAUAGGACCUGUGGAUAAACCCUGCCCUGUCAUAUAGGACCUGUGGAUAAACCCAGCCCUGCCCUGUCAUAUAGGACCUGUGGAUAAACCCAGCCCUGUCAUAUAGGACCUGUGGAUAAACCCAGCCCUGUCCUAUAGGACCUGUGGAUAAACCCAGCCUUGCCCUGUCAUAUAGGACCUGUGGAUAAACCCAGCCCUGUCCUAUAGGACCUGUGGAUAAACCCAGCCCUGCCCUGUCAUAUAGUACCUGUGGAUAAACCCAGCCCUGUCAUAUAGGACCUGUGGAUAAACCCAACCCUCUCAUAUAGGACCUGUGGAUAAACCCAGCCCUGUCCUAUAGGACAUGUGGAUAAACCCUGCCCUGUCAUAUAGUACCUGUGGAUAAACCCAGCCCUGUCAUAUAGUACCUGUGGAUAAACCCUGCCCUGUCCUAUAGGACCUGUGGAUAAACCCUGCCCUGUCAUAUAGGACCUGUGGAUAAACCCAGCCCUGCCCUGUCCUAUAGGACCUGUGGAUAAACCCAGCCCUGUCCUAUAGGACCUGUGGAUAAACCCAGCCCUGUCCUAUAGGACCUGUGGAGGAAUCACAACAGUCCUCGUUUGCUUUGGGACACCAGAGGAAUGGCCUCCCUAACUGUGUUCACACCGGUAACAUGUGACACCCCCCCCCCACCUCCAGGAUGUUCAUAAUGAAUGGAUCCUUGGAACAGCUGAUGACGUGUGUUGAGAGGAUCCCUUUCAUGUCCCCAUCACAGAAGAUCCUGUCUGACAAGUGACCAGUCUUUUGACCGCUGUGUGUUUGGUACAUCAAGCAUUUCUGUUCUCAUAGUCUCUGUACGGUGAAAGGAGUCUCUGUACAGUGAAAGGAGUCUCUGCACAGUGAAAGGAGUCUCUGCACAGUGAAAGGAGUCUCUGCACAGUGAAAGGAGUCUCUGCACAGUGAAAGGAGUCUCUGCACAGUGAAAGGAGUCUCUGUACAGUGAAGGGAGUCUCUGUACAGUGAAGGGAGUCUCUGUACAGUGAAGGGAGUCUCUGUACAGUGAAGGGAGUCUCUGCACAGUGAAAGGAGUCUCUGCACAGUGAAAGGAGUCUCUGUACAGUGAAAGGAGUCUCUGUACAGUGAAAGGAGUCUCUGCACAGUGAAAGGAGUCUCUGCACAGUGAAGGGAGUCUCUGCACAGUGAAGGGAGUCUCUGCACAGUGAAGGGAGUCUCUGCACAGUGAAGGGAGUCUCUGUACAGUGAAGGGAGUCUCUGUACAGUGAAGGGAGUCUCUGUACAGUGAAGGGAGUCUCUGUACAGUGAAGGGAGUCUCUGUACAGUGAAGGGAGUCUCUGUACAGUGAAGGGAGUCUCUGUACAGUGAAGGGAGUCUCUGUACAGUGAAGGGAGUCUCUGUACAGUGAAGGGAGUCUCUGUACAGUGAAGGGAGUCUCUGCACAGUGAAGGGAGUCUCUGUACAGUGAAGGGAGUCUCUGUACAGUGAAGGGAGUCUCUGUACAGUGAAGGGAGUCUCUGUACAGUGAAGGGAGUCUCUGUACAGUGAAGGGAGUCUCUGCACAGUGAAAGGGUGAAGGAGACCUGGAAGGCAUCGGUACAUAGAACUGUGAUGUUGGUAUGUUCCUAUUGACUGAGACCAAGCUGGUGUUUUACAUCUGUUCUGAGUGACACCAGGUGUCGUGAAUAAAAUACUGAAAACAAAAUCUGCUGAAA